UUUCUUCAAGUUGCUAGAGUUAUUUCCCUUUCCUGAGAAAAGAUGAUGUUUGUUUUGGGACUUGUUUUCUAUCAACUGAUGACUAUGACAAUGGCAUACUGCAGUCCAAAACUUGAUAAUGGGCUGAUGGAAGAUCUUCUAACAAUGCUUAUAAAAUUCAAGGGAUCAAAAGAUUAUACACAUGCUCCAAGAAAACUUAGGGACAUUCCUGCCUUUACUGCAUCUAUAUCAGGUACGAAGAGUGUUGGAAAAAAUGAAAUUUUAAAGUUUGAUAAAGUUUGGACCAAUAAUGGAAAUCAUUAUAAUCCCAGCACUGGUAUAUUCCAAUCUCCCAAAGAAGGACUUUAUCAAGUGUCUGCUACAGUUAUGUCUUCAAGUGGAAAACAGCUUUUUGUUAGGAUAUGGCAGAAUGAGACAAAGAUGAUUGGAUUGUACCCUGGUACCGGUUAUAGUGAGGCUACUAUUAAUAUGGUGUUACAUCUGAAGAAAGGGGACAAGGUUACAGUCAGAGGAGAAUAUGGUAGUCUUCAUAGCAGUGAACAGUACUACAGCACAUUCUCAGCUUAUCUUGUUUCAUAA